UAAUUCAGAAGCACAUCACAGAUUAUAACCUACAUGCUGAGUAGGCCAUUGGCUCAUGGCUCCCCGUUUUCUGUGUGCUGCGGUGUGUUGAGGGCCGUCUGCCUACGAGAGAGGAAUAUUUAAAUGUCUUGUGUUUUAAUUGACGCCCGAACUAGAACUGUAAGCUCAGAAACGAGGAACAGCCCCCCAUCUACCGGCAGCCUCUCCUCUGUCUCCUCUGCACACUGCGCACAGUCCGGAGCGGCUCAGUCUGCGCGCUGCACAGGGAUCUCACUCUCACACUGCACAGCCGCAGAGCCUCAGAGCCCAUUUGGAUGCGCUGAGAGAGCGGGGCGCAGCGCUGCAGUGCAUUAUAUGGAAGUUGUGGGCUGCAAGACAGAGGCAGGCAGUUGCACGUUGCGUCCAGGACCUGGAGCCAUGCUUUUCCACGGGAUCUCCGGGGAUCACAUCCAAGGAAUCAUGGAGGAGAUGGAGAGAAGGUCGAAAACGGAGUCACGCCUGGCGAAGGGCAUGCAGCUGAACGGAAGAGAGUCGAACAUGCCUUCUAUGAGCCCAGAGAAGCCAGCCCUGUGUGCCGGCUGUGGCGGCAAGAUUUCGGAUAGAUACUACCUCCUGGCCGUGGACAAACAGUGGCACCUGCGGUGCCUCAAAUGCUGUGAAUGUAAACUAGCGCUGGAGUCGGAGCUAACGUGUUUUGCCAAGGAUGGGAGUAUCUAUUGCAAGGAGGAUUACUACAGAAGGUUCUCCGUGCAGAGGUGCGCGCGUUGCCACCUCGGGAUAUCGGCCUCGGAGAUGGUGAUGCGAGCGCGCGACUCCGUGUACCACCUGAGCUGCUUCACGUGCACCACUUGCAACAAGACCCUGACCACGGGCGAUCAUUUCGGCAUGAAGGACAGCCUAGUGUACUGCCGACUCCACUUCGAGACGCUGGUGCAGGGGCCGGACUACCACCCCCAGCUCAACUUCGCCGAGCUGGCAGCCAAGGGAGGCGGCCUCACUCUACCCUACUUCAACGGCACCGGGACGGCACAGAAGGGAAGGCCACGCAAGAGGAAGAGUCCGGCCAUGGGGAUAGAUAUACCGAGCUACAACACAGGCUGUAACGAGAACGACACCGAUCACUUGGACCGGGACCAGCAGGCCUACCCUCCGACGCAGAAGACCAAACGCAUGCGGACCUCCUUCAAGCACCAUCAGCUGCGGACAAUGAAAUCCUACUUUGCCAUCAACCACAACCCCGAUGCCAAGGACUUAAAGCAGCUGGCCCAGAAAACAGGCCUCACUAAGAGAGUCCUACAGGUUUGGUUCCAAAACGCAAGAGCCAAAUUCAGAAGGAACGUUUUGCGACAGGAGAAUGGAGGUGUUGAUAAGGCUGAUGGCACCUCACUCCCUCCGCCCUCAUCCGACAGUGGGGCCCUGACCCCCCCCUCCAGCGCGGCCACACUAACAGACCUGACAAACCCCUCUAUCACUGUAGUGACCUCCGUCACCUCUAGUUUGGACAGCCAUGAUUCGGGGAGCCCUUCGCAAACUACCUUGACAAACCUUUUCUAACAAGCUAUCUCUAGCAGACUGAUUCUGUUUGGGUUUGUUUCCCCUUUUUCUUUCUUUUACUUUUCUUUCUUUGUUUUCUUUCUUCAGUUUCACAUUUUAUUUUUUUAAAGUGACACCUUUAAGUCAAGCAGAGACAGCUCCUUGGAACACAAAGUGCUGCACUGUGCACGCAAACAAGAGCAACAAGAGCAACAAGCAGCAGCGACCGCAUUAAGACACGAGGAAACCAUUUUAAUGUGUAGCAUUUGAAACUGCAGAUGCAGAGAUUGACUCGGGAUGGGACGUUUUUGGAGGCGAAGGCUUUAGGAAGGAAAAAAAGUUUGCCUGGAAAACUUAAUUUGUACAUUUGUCUUGAAUUCUGGUUAAAAAAAGAGUGAAAACGGGCCCUCCUUAAUUUAUGCUUAAUUGGUCAAUUUUAAAAUCCUACCGCUAUUUCGCCCUCAGAUUCCUGUACAUGUAUGCACUGUGUUCGCACUCUCCGAUUUAAACAUUUUGUUUCUGUUUUGGACUCAUUUGGGAAAAAUAAACUUGUAGAAUGUUCUGUAUAUGGGUAACUCCAGAAAACAGGCUUUAAUUAUUUCCGAAUGUUUCGGUCUUAAAGACCGAGUUGGAUGGAAUCAGAGCUGCACGUGAGAAAAAGAAGACGAAGGAGAAAAAUGUGCAGAUAGCAAACUUUACUGUGACGAGGAGAGAGAAGCAAAUCCCUCAAUCUGUACAGUGGUAACUGUUCAACGUGUGAUGUCGUCACCUUUUCGACAAUUAGAAACCGGCCAGAGAAAUUCUGACUGGAGAGCAGUUAACGAUUGUUUUCACGACGGAGCACUUUUUGGUUUUUUGCCUUUUUUUUGUCGUUGUCUUGUUGGCCUCACGGAUUAACCACGGAUAAAAAGCCUGGUGAGCGUAGAUCCACAGCUAAACUCGAUUGCACAGUGACAAUAUACUGCCCAGUGAAAAGUGCAUUAUUGUUUUUAUCAUGUUGCUCAGGGUAACGAUGUGAUCUUGGGGAAAAAAGAACAGAGCAGGGCGAGGGGCGAAGCGGCCGCGACGUAGAUUUGUAGAGCUGACAUGAACAUUCAAAUGACCUCACAUAGGUGGAGUCGUGAGAGGCAGCCAGCGGGAAAUCGCUGUCCGUGUGUUCUCCUUUCCGGCCGUAUAUUUCUGCUUUGUUUAACGACACUUGCCACUGAACAGACCAAAAAAAGGGAAAAAGAAAAACCACCACGUUUCUUCUGGCUGAAAGGUAGAGAGCGAGAGAAAAGGAAAGGGCGAGCAAAUCUUCAAUGGAGUCGACGCAUUUCGUCGUGAGCGGGCGUCACGGUUUGUUCUGUCGGGGGCAAAGGUGGCGCCCCCGAUCUACUCGAUGGAGUAGAUGCCUAACUCAGUUCUUCUAUGUGCCUUACGCUAUAACUUGGGAGAAGUUUGUGAAAUUCAGGAUCUAUGUGUUCUUUGUUAACUGAUUCACAUCCUUUUUGGCGCCUCACUAGUUUUGUACUGUUUUGCAUCUUAUCUCCGAAGAUCUUUUUAUGGUGUAUCCUGUUAAAAAGGGGGCAGCGAUGUCACGGAAAGCAUUUGUGCACUCUUUCAGAUAUAGUUGGGUAAUCCGAGAACCUUAUAUAUUGAUCUUCGUGUUAAUAGUUGAGUACAGUAAGUGUUCUAUCAAGAUUGUCCAUGUUUCCCUGUUUCUUGACAAAGAUGGUGUAUAGAAACUAUUUCCCCUUAAAUAUUUAUGGACCAAACGGUUGUUAUAUAUCUUAUUAAAUUUGUGUGAAUAAAAAAAAAUACUUUGCUUUAAAUGGGUUUUUAUUUUUCAUUACACUCGCCAUUGUUCUGUUCUUUCUUGGAUACAGUUGUUUUUUUUUUUUAGUUUUGUUUCUCACAUCAACAAACGAGAAAGCAUUCAGUUAUUAAUGACCAGUUAAACGUCCUCAUUUUUGCCUCCAUUUUUAAUUUCUACUUCCUCUUUUAUGAUGUUUAUGGUUUUAACGUAAUGCCCCAUGGAUUUGCAUCUAAACCCUGCAGUCGAAAAUAUGAAAUUGCUUUUUAAUGCAUGAACAUGGCUUUAAAUUUUAAAUUAAAGGAAUGCUGCAAAGCAUAUAUUGAUUUCUAUCUAUAUAUAUAUAUAUAUAUAUAUUUAUGCAUAACAUAUUGGUAAACCUAAAAUGAAGUAAGAGUAAAUGCAGACCGCGUAAAGCCAGGUUGCUCUGUAGUUAAUAUAUUCUUACUCUAUCAUU